AUGCUUGGUGAGACCGAGGCUGAGAUUGCUGCUGCUGCUGCUGCUACUGCAUUUGUUAAUAUCUUUCAAACUUUCUCUCUUCCUUUUCAUAUCUAUCUAUAUAUCUCUCUGAUAAUAUCAAUUAAUCUUUCUGUAUCUUCUUUUUCAUAUCUAUCUAUCUAUCUAUCUAUCUAUCUAUCUAUCUAUCUAUCUAUCUAUCUAUCUUGUUCUAUUUCUUACUCGUUCCUUCUAUCCUUUCAUGUCUUAUUUGGCUAUUUACGACAUGUUUUUUUACCAAACUUACAAUCCUGUUCACUUUCUUUUUUCCUUUCUUUCUUUUUCUCAGGCCUUUCGCCGGAGAGUAAAGGUGAAAAGCUAGUUAUACAUUCAUUCCUUGUUUGUUUGCUUCAUUCUUUUCAUGCUUUUUGGGGUGGAGUAAUGGUGAACAAGCUAAUUGUAUUUUCUUUCUUUUUUCUUUAUUUUUCAUAUCUUUCUUUCUUUCGUAAUAUCUUUCUUUCUUUAAUUCGUAAUAUAUUUCAUUCUUUCUUUCGUAAUAUUUUUCUUUCUUUAAUUCGUAAUAUAUUUCAUUCUUUCUUUUGUAAUAUCUUUCUUUCUUUAAUUUGUAAUAUAUUUCAUUCUCUCUUUUGUAAUACUUUUAUUCUUUCUUUCCUCUUUCUUUCUUUCUUUCUUUCUUUCUUUCUUUCUUUCUUCUUCCCAUUUAAAGAAAUCAGGAUAAUCGUCUUAUCCGAGAUGCCAAGUGCUAGAUGUCAAGGAAUUCUUUAA